GUCGGGGCGGUGAGGCUCCGGGCUCCACCGCGGAGCUAGUCUUGGGCGGCAGGCCCGGAGCCCCAGCCGGGCGGAGGGGCGGGCUCAGGGAGCCCCACCCAGGGGCGGGGCUCGGCGCUUCUGCCCAGCUCCGCUCUGUGGAGUGUGAAUGUGCAGUCCGCAGUUUAGAAAAGCACGUGCAAAACCUACCAGAAUCCACCGCACUAUCAGCAGGUCUCAUUUGACUGCUUGGUAAAAGCUCUGCGGGUCUGCACAGGUCACCUCCUCGGAUCUCCGCGACUGAAGGUGGGAGCCAGCCCUCGGCCCCCCGCAGUCGGAAGGUUAGAGCCGCGGGAGCCCGGGAGGCGGUGGCGGCGGCCCAGGAAGGAACAGCAGCACCCAGGCUCUUCCUCUUGCAGAACUCACAAGAUCUCUCGUAAAGAAAUUUGUAGUCAGAACUUUAUGCUACAUUUUUAUUCAGGAAAGAAGCAGGAAGAGAAGAGUGUCAUUUCCUAGGAAUCCGGCACUGGAGAAACGAGGAAGAUUCUUCCAAGGAUGGUCUCCCAUUCAGAGUUGAGGAAACUUUUCUGUUCAGCGGAUGCAGUCUGCUUUGAUGUUGAUAGCACUGUCAUCAGAGAAGAAGGAAUUGAUGAGCUAGCCAAAUUCUGUGGAGUUGAGGAUGCUGUGUCAGAAAUGACGCGGCGAGCCAUGGGUGGGGCAGUGCCUUUCAAGGCUGCCCUCACAGAGCGCUUAGCUCUGAUCCAGCCCUCCAGGGAACAGGUGCAAAGGCUCAUAGCAGAGCACCCCCCACACCUGACCCCGGGCAUAAGGGAGCUAGUAAGUCGCCUCCAAGAGCGAAAUGUUCAGGUUUUCCUAAUAUCUGGUGGCUUUAGGAGCAUUGUAGAGCACGUUGCUUCAAAGCUCAAUAUCCCGUCAACCAAUGUUUUUGCCAAUAGGCUGAAAUUCUACUUUAAUGGUGAAUAUGCAGGUUUUGAUGAGAUGCAGCCAACAGCCGAAUCUGGUGGGAAAGGAAAAGUUAUUAAACUUUUAAAGGAAAAAUUUCAAUUUAAGAAAAUAGUCAUGAUUGGAGAUGGAGCCACAGACAUGGAAGCCUGCCCUCCUGCUGAUGUUUUCAUUGGAUUUGGAGGAAAUGUGAUCAGACAACAAGUAAAAGACAAUGCACAAUGGUACAUCACUGAUUUUGUAGAGCUUUUGGGAGAACUGGAAGAAUAAUAUCAAUUUUUAUACGGUUCAUAACAACUUCAGGUUAAUUUUUUAAAGUUACAGUUUGAUACCGUUUGCUUACAAUUGCCUAUUACAACUUAAUGUAUAGAUGUGGUACUGAUUAUCUGUACUUCCAAGUAAACUAUGGAAAAUUGCUCUUUUUUAACUGCAAUCCCAGCAUUAUUAUGACCAUUAAUUAGCUGGAGAGUUUUAUAAUCUGAAUUCUUUAUGUAUUUUCCUAGCGAUAUUUUAUUUGAAACCUUUUAAAGGUGGAUAGUAAAUGAAACACCUUCCCUAUUGGAGAUAUGGGUUAGGCAGCUUUAAGUAAAUGUUGGUUUUCCCUUUGGUAGGUAAAUAAAAGUUUAUCCAUAUAUCAGUACAGAUUGGUGGCAUUGUCACUUUCUGCCUAUCAUGUAUUUCAAUAUCAAAUAUUUCAAGUACUUUCAGUGUUUGAGUAGAAACAACCUCCAGGCAAGGAACGAAGGAGUUGGAGACCCCACCCUGAUCACAGGGCAUCGUGCUGGUCACAGGGCAGCCCCCACCAACCCUCACACUGGGCCAGAGAGCUGGAGGUGCUUUCUUAGCUCUUGGAAUUUGUCAUAUUGGGACUGUUACAAAGGCUUUUAAAAGAAAAUGGAGCCUUAGACAAAAGUAGUGACCUUAAAAAAUGGGCAUUUGAGGGGCGCCUGGGUGGCUCAGUGGUUAAGCGU